GGACAAACAGUGCUACCCACAGAGUGAACAAGAGAGAGUCAUUUGGGAAACAAAAGGACUUUACAGAGAGAGAGGGAUAGCUAAAACUACGUGAGCCUGGCGAGGGUGCAGAGCAGAAAGUAGAGACAGAGAAGUGUCUGAAGACUGCUAUCUGGGACAAGACAGGUUGUUAACGGGACAGGAGAGAUAGCAGAGCUAUUUCAAGAGUGAGCCACAGAAGGGAAUCCACAGGCCGUCUGAGUGAGGAAGGGUCUACAGACAGUGAGUGAAGGCCAGGAGCAGGGCCCAGGCCAGGGUAGGCACAACCACCGAGGGGAUGAACUUCACCGUGGGUUUCAAGCCGCUGCUAGGGGAUGCACACAGCAUGGACAACCUGGAGAAGCAGCUCAUCUGCCCCAUCUGCCUGGAGAUGUUCUCCAAACCAGUGGUGAUCCUGCCCUGCCAACACAACCUGUGCCGCAAGUGUGCCAACGAUGUCUUCCAGGCCUCGAAUCCUCUGUGGCAGUCCCGGGGCUCCACCACUGUAUCUUCAGGAGGCCGUUUCCGCUGCCCAUCUUGCAGGCAUGAGGUUGUCCUGGACAGACACGGUGUCUACGGCCUGCAGCGAAACCUGCUAGUGGAGAACAUUAUUGACAUUUACAAGCAGGAGUCGUCCAGGCCACUGCACUCCAAGGCUGAGCAGCACCUCAUGUGCGAGGAGCAUGAAGAGGAGAAGAUCAAUAUCUACUGCCUGAGCUGUGAGGUGCCCACCUGCUCUCUCUGCAAGGUCUUCGGUGCCCACAAGGACUGUGAGGUGGCCCCACUGCCCACCAUUUACAAACGCCAGAAGAGUGAGCUCAGCGAUGGCAUCGCGAUGCUAGUGGCAGGCAAUGACCGUGUGCAAGCAGUCAUCACGCAAAUGGAGGAGGUGUGCCAGACCAUCGAGGACAAUAGCCGGAGGCAGAAGCAGUUGUUAAACCAGAGGUUUGAGAGCCUGUGCGCAGUGCUAGAGGAGCGCAAGGGCGAGCUGCUGCAGGCGCUGGCCCGGGAGCAAGAGGAGAAGCUGCAGCGCGUCCGCGGCCUCAUCCGUCAGUAUGGCGACCACCUGGAGGCCUCCUCUAAGCUGGUGGAGUCCGCCAUUCAGUCCAUGGAAGAGCCACAGAUGGCGCUCUACCUCCAGCAGGCCAAGGAGCUGAUCAAUAAGGUCGGGGCCAUGUCGAAGGUGGAGCUGGCAGGGCGGCCGGAGCCAGGCUAUGAGAGCAUGGAGCAAUUCACCGUGAGCGUGGAGCACGUGGCCGAAAUGCUGCGGACCAUCGACUUCCAGCCGGGCGCUUCCGGGGAGGAAGAAGAUGAGGAGGUGGCCCUGGACGGAGACGAGGGCAGCGCGGGGCCAGAGGAAGAGCGGCCGGAUGGGCCUUAAGGGCACAGGCCUGCGCCGACCCUACCCUGCUCGAGAGCUGGCCCUAGGGUCGGGGAGGAUCUGCGCAGAGACCGCGGCGUCGCCCAAAUCGGCGCCCGCCCCAGGAGGAUCUCAAUAAAGAACUCGAGCGUCCCAGACCCGUAUCUCCUUUCGCUGCCCAAUCCCGCAGCCUCGGCUUAGGAGGCGACCCGCCCGCCAUCCUGCCCUUCCCAGAACCUGAGACCAUCCGGGGGGCGGAAGCCAAAUGAACCCCUGUUGGGCACCUCUGUGAUGCCAGGAGCGAAAUGGUGAGCCCAGCGCCCUGGGAAAAUGGUCGAGGGCGGGGCGGUGGUGCCGGGACCUCUGAGGUCCUGGGGAUUUGGGUUCCCCUGGGGUUCACAGGCACCUGGCUGACCUGGCCGAAAGCCGUUCUCCUGGAGCCCCCCACAGCAUUUUGUUCCCCUCCCGCUGGCCCGGGGACCCCACCUUCCCACGGGUUCCCACGCUGCUGUGACUGCCCUGCCCCCACGACAGAAGCCAACGGGUCUUCAGUACUUUUAUUAAAAAAUAGUCAAGCAGA